AUGGCCGCCGGCCCCGCGUCCCACGGCGGGCACCCCCGCGCGCAGAGGCCGCAUCUGAGCAAGAUGGAGCGGAUGGUCGUGAGUAUGCAGGACCCCGACCAGGGCGUGAAGAUGCGGAGCCAGCGCCUGCUCGUCACCGUCAUUCCUCACGCAGUGACUGGCAACGACGUCGUGGAGUGGUUGAUCCAUAAGUACUGCAUCACAGAGGAGGAGGCCCUGCACCUGGGCACCCUUCUAGUGCGGCAUGGCUACCUAUACCCACUGCGAGACCCCUGCCACCUCAAGCUCCGGCUGGAUGAAACGCCCUAUAGGUUCCAGGUCAGGCUCAACGGGGAGCAGACGCCCUAUUUCUGGAUGAGCACCCUGUGGCCAGCCGCUGAGCUGGACUACGCCAUCUACCUGGCCAAGAAGAACAUCCGAAAGCGGGGGGGCCUGGUUGACCACGAAAAGGAGCACUAUGACCAGCUGCACAGGAAGAUCAGCCACACGUGGGACCUGGUAGUGAUGCAGGCGAGAGAGCAGCUGUGGGCAGCUAAGCAGCGCAGGAAGGGGGACAGGCUGGUCAUCGCAUGCCAGGAGCAGACGUACUGGCUGGUGAACAGGCCCCCGCCCGGGGUCCCCAGCGUGCUGGAGCAAGGUCCAGAGCGGAAUUCCUGCACUGCUGGGCGAGUGCAGAUGCCCACCGGCCCCUUCCAGACCAAGACCGUGGAUUUCUACAGGCGGGAGGUCGAGUGGUUACGAAAGGCACUGGGCAGGGCCCGGGUGAAGUCCUCCGUCUGCCUCGAGGCGUACCUGAAAUUUAGCAGCCAGCGUGGGCCGCACGACCCCAUCAUGUCGGGGUGCCUGCCCAGCAACCCCUGGGUCACAGACAACGAUACCUACUGGGCCAUGAAUGCACCCAGCGCGGCCAUGCCCACAAGGCUCCGUGUGGAGCAGUGGGCCUUCAGCUUCCGGGAACUCUUGGAAGACCCUGUGGGACGGGCCCAUUUCAUGGACUUUCUCAGGAAGGAGUUCAGUGCCGAGAACCUCAGCUUCUGGGAGGCCUGUGAGGAGCUGCGCCACGGAGGGCAGGCCCAGGUCCCCGCCCUGGUGCACGCCGUGUACCAGCAGUUCCUGGCCCCCGGUGCUGCCCGCUGGGUCAACAUUGACAGCCGGACGAUGGAGCGGACGCUGGUGGGCCUGGGCCGGCCGCACCGCCAUGUGCUGGACGACGCCCAGCUGCACAUCUACAUGCUGAUGAAGAAGGACUCCUACCCGAGGUUCCUGAAGUCGGAUUUGUACAAAGACCUGCUGGCGGAGGCCGUGGUGCCCCCGGAGACCAAGCGACGGGUGUUCCCGUUCAUGCGGAAGCCGCGCCAUUCCAGCCCCAGCCCUGCUCUCCUUCCUGCCUCUGCCUCCAGGGAGCCCUCGGGUGGUGACGGGGAGGCCUAG